CUGCUUUUAAAAAGUUUCAGGCCCUGCCCUCUUGUAAUCAGGGCAGCAGCAAAAAGGGGUGAGCUGCCUCUUUCAGGAAUAAAGUUAGAAGAACUCAAACCAGAGCAAGCCCAGAAGAAGGAAGACUGGAAUCACAGAGACCCACAGACAAAGGGAAAAUAUAAAAGAGAGAGAAAGGAAACAGAGAGGUGUGGAGCAUGUUAACACACACACAGAGUCCCCUGCACUGGGCCCCUGCAAGAUGGCAGGGACAGCUGAUUCUUGCACUCUGUGCAUCUGAAUGGUGGGUCCGCUUUGCUUCUCCUAGAACGUAUUCAAUUCGAUUUGCAUUUUCCACACUGCAACCCCCGGCUCAGCCCUUCCCCAAAGAGGGGGCGAGAGAAAAACCCACCCAGAAGAAACGCAGCAAUCGGGCUGUGCGCACAGUGACAUGGGCUGCGAAGCCGGCCGGGAUUGCAGCAGUAGUGGAGCGCCCCCUGCAGGGCGAGACUGAGAGGUGCAGCCAGCCCACCCGGUUCAUCAGGCAUAGGCGGCCGGGCGCUGCAUCAAAGUGAGAAGCCGCGGCGUGUGAGCUCAAUCAGACGGGAGGAGAGGCAGGGAGCGGAGCGGCGGGGGCUGCUGGCGAUUGGACACCAUCAGGAGGAAGCCCUCGCUGAGCCGGCCGACCGCUGCUGGGCUCGCGGCGGGAGGGGGAGGGUGCAGCGCACCGGACCCUGGAGUUAGCCAAGAGCCUGCAAAAAGGGGGCUUUGUGAAGAGGGAGCAGCGGAGGCGAGAUGCACCGGGAAGUACAAGCCGCUCUGCCUUGCAGGACCCGGGAGCCGGCAGGCUGCUGGGGGCUGGCCAGGCACUAAAGGACCCCGCCGGGGGCUUCCCCUGUGCACACACCGGACCGGCAGCUUUGGCGGGGCUGGAAUCGCCUCGCGCCUCCAGGCGCCCCGGGGAACGAAGGGGGCACGCGUGAAGACCCCCCCCCCCGGCAGCCGGAACCCCUCGGAGAUCGCCGGGGGCUGCCGCCGGGCAAGGCGCAUCCGGGCUUGGCAGACCCGCUCCCGCACCCCCAGCCGGCGCUUUCGGGGCACGGAGUUUGCAGAGAGCUGCCCGAAGGGGAGGUGGCGGGCAGAAGGGCACCGAGAGCCGGCUGCGGAGCGCCUGGCGCCGCGGGAGGAGGAGCAGGAGGCGGCGGCUGGGCAGCCUGACAGCUCGCAGAAGUUGUCCGAGGGAGAUUGCCCGGCGGAGCCCGCCCCAGAUGGCCCUGGGCAGCGGCGAGCGGAGGAGGCGGCGGCGCUAGCAGAGUCCCCCGGGCUGGAGAGAGACGGAGCCGGCGAGCCAAGGGGCUGAACAAGAAGGGCGGAGAAGAUCGCCGCAAAGAGCAGCCCCCCCGUGCGCCCUGGGGCUCCCUGGCCGUGAGGUCUCCUCUCCCCCUCGCCCCAUGGCCCCCCGCCGGAGGGAUGAGCCCCGACGGGCGUGAAGGGGCCCGAGAGAAAAUGCGAAACCAGGCGAGAGCGGGGGGUCUGCCCGGGCAGCCGGCGGGCAGGAGGUGAAGCGCGCCCCGGGGGGACGGCGGCCGGCGCCGCCACCGCCACGUACCAAAGAACCCGGGCCCCGCGCAGCGCAGCGCCCGGCGCUUCCUUUCCCCUCUCCUGGCUCGGCUGGUGAAGAGCCGCGGGGCCAGCGGCGGCCGGACUGCGCCGGGGCAGCGCGCAGAAGGGGCGCAGAGCCUGAGGACCGCGCUACCCCGGGGAGGAGAGCGCCCGGCGCGGAGCGCAGCGCGCCCGGCAGUGGGGCGCGCCCGGCCCCUCAGGACGGCUCCGGCAGGUGCCCGGGGCAUGGGAACAAGGGCGCAGCCCCCUGCCAGACGCCGCAGCCCGCUUGGAUUAACUCCCUUUGGGUUUUGCUAGAGAGCCGAGCCGCGGACCCGCCGCCCCUGGACCCCGGCUGUCUCCCGGGCGUGCGAAAUUACCUCACGGCUCCUUCCCGACCUCCGGCCAUGAGCCAGAGAGUCAAUGGGAAGGAAAACAAAGAUGAAUUUUGCUGUACAGAGAAGGGUUUUUCUGUCCACUGCUUCCAGUCAGACUCAGCCCAUGUCCCCUCCAGCAGGCAUCCUGCUGACGACAUUUGCAGGUGGAAACACCGCUCCCGUUCCACAGGCCUGCACUCUGGGUGUCGGAGGAAACCCCAGCCCGCUCUCGGCACGACCGUACUCAUCGUAGCAUCUCCCUGCUGCUGGGGCAAACUCAGAGCCGAUGUUCCCAGGUAGUGCAGAGAAGAAGAAGGCAGCCACGAUGCCUGACUCACCAGCUGACGUGAAGACUCAGUCCAGAUCGACACCCCCCAACAUGCCUCCUCCACCGCCAGCCGUCACGCAGGGAGCCACGCGGCACCCCUCCUUCACGCCAAACACCAAUCAAGAAGCUGGGCCUCCGACGUUUCUGCCUCGCGGCCGUUUUCAUGGUUGCUUGAAAUGGUCGAUGGUCUGUCUUUUAAUGAAUGGAAGCAGCCACUCCCCAUCCGCUAUCAAUGGCGCUCCUUCCACCCCCAACGGGUUCAGCAACGGGCCUGCCACCUCCUCCACUGCCUCCCUCUCCACCCAUCAGCUCCCUCCAGCCUGCGGCGCCCGGCAGCUCAGCAAACUCAAGCGCUUCUUGACCACCCUGCAGCAGUUUGGGAACGACAUCUCCCCGGAGAUCGGGGAGCGGGUGCGCACGCUGGUGCUGGGCCUCGUGAAUUCCACGCUCACCAUCGAAGAAUUCCACUCCAAGCUCCAGGAGGCGACUAACUUCCCGCUGCGCCCCUUCGUCAUCCCCUUCUUGAAGGCCAACCUGCCCUUGCUGCAGCGCGAGCUGCUCCACUGCGCCCGCAUGGCCAAGCAGACCCCAGCCCAGUACCUGGCCCAGCACGAACAGCUGCUGCUCGAUGCCAACGCUUCUUCCCCCAUCGACUCCUCUGAGCUGCUCCUGGAGGUCACCGAGACUGGCAAGAGGAGGACACCAGACAGGACCAAAGAGAACGGCUUGGACCGAGACCCUCUGCACUCCGAACACCUCAGCAAACGGCCGUGCACCAUGAGCCCCGCUCAGCGCUACAGCCCCAGCAACGGGCUGCCCCACCCCACCCCACCCCCACCCCCGCCACAGCACUACCGUCUGGAGGACAUGGCCAUGGCACACCACUACCGGGACACCUACCGGCACCCUGACCCCAGGGAGCUCCGGGAGCGCCACCGGCAAGUGGCCGUGCACGGCUCCCGUCAGGAGGAAGUGAUCGACCACAGACUAACAGACAGGGAGUGGGCUGAGGAGUGGAAACACCUCAACAACCUGCUGAACUGCAUCAUGGACAUGGUGGAGAAGACGCGGCGCUCCCUCACCGUGCUGCGCCGCUGCCAGGAGGCCGACCGCGAGGAGCUCAACCACUGGAUCCGCCGCUACAGCGACGCGGAAGACAUGAAGAAAGGCACCAACCCCCCACCCCGCCCCCACAACAGCUCCUCCAACUCCGAGGCCCCCCCGUUAGACACUCACCGGGAGUUUGUGCCCAGGCCCCUCUCUGGUUACAUGCCCGAGGAAAUCUGGAGGAAAGCUGAAGAAGCUGUGAACGAGGUGAAGCGCCAGGCCAUGUCCGAGCUCCAGAAGGCAGUGUCGGAUGCGGAGCGCAAAGCCCAUGAGCUGAUCACUACCGAGCGAGCCAAGAUGGAGAGGGCCCUGGCGGAGGCCAAGCGCCAGGCUUCCGAGGACGCGCUGACUGUGAUCAAUCAGCAGGAGGACUCGAGUGAGGUAGAGGCGAGCUCGCCCCGCUGCGCCGUGCUCGCUAGGAGCUGCUGGAACUGCGGGCGCAAGGCCAGCGAGACCUGCAGUGGGUGCAACACGGCCCGCUACUGCGGCUCCUUCUGCCAGCACAAGGAUUGGGAGAAGCACCACCACGUCUGUGGGCAGACUCUGCAGGGCCUCCAGACCUCUGCCGGUGCAGCCCCUUCCUCCGGGGUGGGCUUAGGGGUGGGCUCAGCUCAACCGGACGUGGGGGCUGUCAGCACCUCCAUCACCAGCGUGGCCACCAUGGCCGCCAGCCCCAGCGAAACCGGCUCGGCUGCUGCGUCGCGCUCCGGCACGCCGGCCACCCCAGCUCCUCUGGAAACGGCGUCACGCUAACCGACCCCCCGGCCGGCCAACAGAGGGGAAAGAAACAGAGAAACCUACAGAACGUCACUGCUGCUACUGCUUCUCUCCAAAAGAAAAACUAACUGCAUUCAAUGCAACUUCCUCAGCUACCUGACUCUUCUGUGACCUCCAAAUGACCUCUCGAUCUCUCACAUGUAAUCCUCACGGAUCCUCAAACUGGGCUUUAAGUGGAGUUAAGGCAAAUACCAAUCUUCUCUGUUCUCGCUUCGGUUUUCUAUGAUUUGGGGAGUUAUGAUCGUCGUCGUCGGUUUGUUUGUUUUCUUCUUUUCGGACGAGGAAUUUGUCCGCAAACUCUACGCACCUUGACUCGGGGAAAGGAAACCCACCAGUCUCUAUCCCCCUGGAGAUGUGCGCGUGUGUGUGAAAUCUCCCUCCCAGUGCGGCCGGGGGACGGCAUGAUGAAGGAUUUCGAUUUUAGAAGGCAAGAAACUUCUUCUCUUCUUUUUCGUUUUUCUUUUUUUUUUUGUAAAAAAAAUAAAAUAAAAUAAAAAAUAAAAACGUCAAACUCUUUGGCUUUAAGUAAAAAAAAAAAUCCAAAAAACAAACAAAACAAAGUAAAACCAAGUAAAGGAAGCUUACCUGUAAACUACCUUGCUAGCUAGCCAAGAACAUACCAGACUCACCUCUGCUCCAAAGGAAAUCCAAAAACAAACAAACAAAAAAAUCCAAACUUUUUUUCCACUGCCAAAGUUUUUUUGGUUCUGUUGUUGGUUAUUUUUACUUUUUCGGUUGAUGGUUUUGGUUUGUUUUUUGUGAAACAAGGAGCAGCACUUAUCCCUUUCAACCAAACCACGACGACUGGCCAAAGGCAAGCCGGCGCUCUUGGACUCCUUGCGUUCUUUGGUGGGGUGGAGUGGGUUCUUGUGCUGGACUCUCAGCAUCCACGCAUACCUUGAAGGAGGAAGGACGCGCAUCUGUGGAUUUAAGGAAUUUUAUUAAAAUAAAGCAAAAAAAAAAAGAUACACAACUUUUGUGCGUGUGUGUGUGUGUGUGUGAUGGGGAGUCAACGUUGUGUGCUCCCUCCCUCUGUGGAUUAUAAACGUGUUUCAUUUGCCUAGGAGAGCGUGCUAAUGAACAAGAACCUUCAGAUCCUGGUCCUGUUCCAGAGAGAGCAUCAUUUCAAACAGAACUGUGACAAUCUGUCGUUGAUUCUCCACUGCUCGUCAGAGUGUGAGCAGAAAGCAAUUGCACCAGUACCUUCUGCUUCUUGUACUCCUCCACUACCUCUCUCUGCUCUCCAUAACCCCACCUCUCUAGCUCCAGUAUCUUGUGACUGCCUUUCAACCUUUCGCAGGAAAAAAAAAGACACCUUUUGUUUUUCCCCUUCUAAAGACUCUUUCGAUUGCCUGUAGAUAGACCCCCUUGCUUUGUGUCUACUUGUUCUCCAGAUGUUUUCUCCAGUCCUGUGAUGAACAUUGUCAUUGGGUCAUUUUAUUUCGUUUUCUCUUUUUCUUUUCCCACCCCGCACCCCCUCAUAUGAUUUUGCAACAGUUACUAGUAGGAAAGAAAGGAAACAAACAAACACUUGUUCUUAGAGAAGGAAAAAAAGACAAUGUAGAUUAUUUUGCAUUUCUUGCAUCGUGUAUAACGCACAGAGGACGGGAGUGCAAUAUGGAAAGUGACACGACUGCAGAAAGGGAGAAAGCUAGAGACUGCCCAGCCAUGGUCAGGGCAAAUAUUGUAUGUUAAUGUGAAUGUAUAUAGUAUUGGAAGAGGUCCAAAAAAUAAUAAUAAUGAUAAUAAUAAAAGAAGAGACGUUUGCCAAAUAAAAAAAUUAAGAUAAACCACUGAAGUAUGUAAAGUUUAGGAAAUAGGUUUUAAAAAAAACGCAAAAUCCACAUGCUCGUUAGGAGCAUUCGUUUUCCGGAGUUGCAAAAUCCAUCACGUGUGUUUUUUAAAAAGUAGGGAUUUCAAAUAAAAAGUUCCCAGUCAGUAGUCAUUGCAAAGGGAGGUUUGGCUGAGGGCGAUUGACUCAGAACCCUAAGGUGGCUAUGUUUGGAUGUUUUCCUCUCCCUCACGACGCACCCCUGAACCUCUCCCUUGUUUCUACUGUUUUCAGAAGCACUGUGUGAUUCUUUAGAACAUCGAUUCGGGUUUUGGAACAACAAGGAGUCCUUUGUUUAGCACAAUGGAUACAUGCAGGGCUAGGCGGCAUUGUUCAGUCCCACUGCGGUUGGGUCUGCUUUGCCCUUUCUUUUCUAGUUGUGAGCCCUGGAUCCGUUAGCUGCAUCGCAUCCAAUGUGUGUCCUCCCUGUUCAUUUAGCACCCCACUCAAGCUCCCUCCUGGUUGCUCUGAAGUUGUAAAGACCAUGUUGUGUCUCUCCUCAGAUGUGCGGCGUGUUCCCAUGGAGCAGGUUUGGGCUCGUGGCUGUUUCUCUCAGUGGAUGUGGCUCUGACGCCGUUUGGUCAUGUCGUCUUGGCUCUGGGACGGGUUGUCCUGGAGAAGAGUGUGGAGGGCUGUGUUUGACGUGUACUUUCACUGCCUCUGAGGGAUGGCUGUAGACGGUGCCGCGUGGUUCUCUGCAGCUGGUGCCGGCUUGUCCUAUGAUUCUAUGAUUUCAAAGCAAGACAGACCCAGGCAGGAAGUGGGGAUUGAGGAAAGUUGUUAGUGCAAUGCUGCAGUCCAUGCACCCUGCUGUCCCCUCCCUCGUCUCAGCUCUCUGCCACAAUCGGGGUAUCAAAUCUUAAGAACCAGGCGUGGAUCCCAUCCUAUUGAAGCCAGCCAGAGUUUUGCAAUUGGCUUUGAGCAGGAUGAAGUCACAGUUCUUACAUCCAAAGUUUUCAGGCUUUGAACACCUGCCAGUUCUGAACUCAGCGAACCCAGCAGCAUUUCAACCCGUCCAGUAGCCAACAAGUGCCAGAAGCACCCCCAUUCUGUAGCCUUCCUCUCCCCCGCCAGGCCUAUACGGUAACGUGUCCUGACAAGACAAUAUGGACACUGUUGGAAUGCUGUUGGAAGCAGGGACUGGGGUGGAAGGGCAGUUAAAAAUGCACUAGACUUUUUGCUUUAGCUCUCUGUCCUGGCCUGCAAUGCAGCUCUUACAUCCCUGGGGAAUUGUGGAAGACUUUCCUUACCUUCCCCCAACCCCAGGCAAGUGGUCUUUCUAAAGCAGGCCUGAAUUCCUGGCUAGUAAGAAUCUUCUCCUGGAAAAUAGCAACCCAUGAGCCGCCCAGCCCCAAGAGACAGUUCCUCCAAACUCCCAAUUGCAGCUCUCCAGAGGAAGGUCACACCCUCGGUGAGGGAUGGGAGGAGAGACACAGUACAAGGGACAAAGCAGCCUGUAAAUAUAUGUGAGUGUAGAACUUCCUCCCCUGGAACUGAUUUGCUGUUUGAUGCAGGCCAGUCCCAGCAGCAAUACCAGUGAACCGAUCUCUCUGCAUUACAGAGGGUCUCCCUAGGAAAGACCUGUACUGAGUCUUGAAGCCCAAGAUGAAGCUAUGCAGAGAUCAGUCCCUCUGCAGGAGCCAUGUGCUGCAAAGCAGUCGGUGGCUGCCCUCAUUAGCUGGGCUGGAGCUAUUGCUGGGGGUUUGUUUACCAACCAUUUGAUGGUAGCUUGCAGUGAAUCCGGCCAAAGACCUUUUAAUGGGCCAAACCUGAGAAUUCGUAGCUUCUGUUUGUUUCCUUCCGCAGCCUCAUUCAUCCAGCGUUAGGUUCUGACUCUGGUUUUCUGACAUGCAACACUCACCCUAAGAACAAUUGUUGUGUUUAUUUAUCAAGUGAUAUAUGUAUAUUGUCUAUUUUUCUUAUAUUUCAUGAAAAGAGGUAAUAUAUAAGAGUUUUCAGAUGUAAUUACCUGCAGGGUUCGUCCUGCCAUUCUUAGUGUUUGUUAUUUUUCUAAACCUCCUCUUGUGCUUGAAUUUUGGCCGCCUCUCUGUCCCAUCCGUCUCACAUCUGCUCAGCAUCUGGACCCUGCCUCUCUACCUCCAACUUGCUUAAAAACCACAGACGACAAUUGUAUAGAACGGAAAUAACCCCAUUGUAAAAGAACUCAGUAAGCUUGCCUUCAAACCAAAAGCUCUAGGAGGGGAGAGGUGAUCGUGAGGGGAGCCUCUUGCAGAAGUCCAAACCAGAAAGCUUUAAAAUAGAGUAUUUCAGUGGCCAAAAAACCAAUGGGAGCAUGCAGCUUCCCAGGCGGUAACUCUCGUGGGCAAGAGGGUGGCACAAAGAAAACAGCUCGCUGACUCCCCUGGGUAGGGCUCGAGGAUGCAUGCGGUUCCAGGCUCUUUCAUUGUGAGAUGCUCUUGCUAAACCUCCUCAGUCAGAGCUUUCUUAUGUGUGGGUUUUGCAGGGUCACCUCAUCCUCCUGUGUCCUGCUAAUCCCUGAUUCUCUCCUCUGCCUCCCAUUGCCUGGGAAUAUUAUUCCCAGUGGAAUAUACAACAGCUGGGAGAAUUAACAGCAACCUCAGCCACGGCCAUGUCAGCAGGUUUUAAAUCACUGGGGCAAAGCAGCAUGGUUAGAUUGUGUAGUGUGUGUGCAGUGGGCCAGAUUCUGCUCUCAGGGACUUACCUGCAAGUGCUUUGUCUCCAUGGAGUUUGCAGGGAUGUCACUACGAGCAGAAUUUGUCCCACUCCACGGCAUAUCCACCCUGCCUCAUGGCAGGGAUCCUAGUGUUACAGUGCGGCCCAGAUUGUGUAGGAAAAGGAACUUAACCUAGGCCAAAAAUCCAGGGAAUGCUGACACUCCUGGGCCCAGGAGCUGUCUCCAUGCAUAUUACUGGGGGGAUGGGUGGAGGGGAAAUUGGGAUAUUUUUCUCUCCUGGAUAGUGGCUCUUUGGGCAUCUUUUUGUGAAGUCCCUGGAGAUGAUCAGAAAAGGAAGGGCCAAUGUUUCGCCCCUCCCGGAGCCCGUGCCAGGAGAUAUUUAACUGGGGUGACCCUCCCCCCAUGGCAGCUCUGCCUGGGGGCAGCAGCAGGAGUGUGAGGGGUAGGGCGCCUGCCGCUUUCCUUCCAGCAGCCAUGGAGCAGUGAGGAGAGAAACGGGAUGCGCCCAACCCCAGGCAGGGGUGAUGGAUGGUUCUGUGGCUAAAGAGGGGGUGGGGUCAGAACAACGCCGGGCAGCUCAGCACAAAGGCAUCUGGGAUCCGGGACAGCCCAAAAGGUGCCAUCUCGGGUGGCACCUUGUGUCCUCCAAUCCCAUUGACAUCAUUGGGCAUGUGGCUCUCUGCAGGAUUGGCUCAUCAUUUGCAAUAAAUGUGUGUCUCGGCACGGCAUGGCAGUGCAUUCGUUCAGGUCACCUUCCUGCUUCCAUGGGGCAGAGGGAAGCGGGCGUGUUUUGCAGGUCACUCCUGAGGAUGCCAGGUUCUUUUUUGGUGCUGGAGCCCCAGCCCUGUGUUGCACAUAGGAUCAGAGAGUUUAGAGCAUGUGCCGAGGGGCCGAGCAGUUUAUUGACACAGGGACGGCAAGAUGGGGAUUUUGUUUGGCUUUAAGCGUGACUCACUGCGGACCCAUUUCCAUGGAGGGCUCUUUAACUUGGCCCCAUCCCUCAAGUUUCCAAAUUGAAAUCCAAGCUGAAACCAAAGCAUCUCCCACCUGCCCUGCUCCAGCUGGGCAGAGCCGCACCCCAGGGACCUCAUGCCAGCGCGGCUCCAGCAUGCGAGUGCUGGACACAGCCAUUGGAUUGGCUGGCCAGGGUUCAUUGGUGAUCCUAGACGUUAGAGCUGGAAGAACUCCCUUAGGAUCUGUUCAGAUCAUGCCGGGGUCCGGACAAGACUCUUCCACAUGGUGCAUUUACUGGGGCUUUGCUUAGUCCUGUUUUAAAUAACCAAGUGAGGGGGUUUUGUUCCCUGGUCUGCCACGUCUCACUGCCAGGUUUUCCGGAUAGUCUGUAUUCUCCCUUUCUUAAUAGCGUCCCAUUGCUGCUCGUUACACUCUCUUCUCGCAGCCGCCGUGAUCUCUCUCUUGGUGCUUUACCCCCUAUCAAAUAGAUGUGGAGUAGGACUCGAAUCGUAUCCCUCCAUCCUUCCUCAUUGCUCAGCUCUUCUCAUCUCUCCUCCUCCAUCAACCCUGCCAGCCCCCUACCAAUCCCUCUUGCUUGUCUCUGAUGCCCCGGCAGCAAGGUCCUUCCCAGGCACAAUCUUCCAGGCGGGAGUCAGGCUGCGCUAGCUCCCGCCUCCCGGGACAGGGGAGCGUGGGACGGGCACGGCUGGGUGAACAGCGAAGCAGCAAGUGUGCGUCUCCCUGGGGAGGCAGGUGUUGGGAGCACUUCUCAUGGUGCACCUGCGAUCUGCACCAACAGUUCUUAAAUGCCAAUUGGUUGGGUCUAAUGGCUUGGAUACCCCCCAGCCCACACCUAGGCUACUUCGAGUCAGUUCCAGCAAAGGAGAGUCAGUCUCCUUGAGACUGCCAGAAACACCCUUCCAGUCACACGCUUACCAGCAAACACAGGCAGAAAUUACAUGGGUGCGAUCAAUUCUGUAGGAGCAAACCAGAGCCAGUGCUGCUGGGGCAGCUGUCUUGCUCCUGGCCAUUUCCCCAUUUGAACUCACCAUACACUCCUUGUACGUGUACACAGACACACACACACACAUUGUACUCCGGUCUUCUCUUCCUCUUUCUUACGAUCCUCUUUUUUCUUUAUGGACAUCCCCACCCAAUUUUGUGGCCUUUGUGCUUAGGGUGGGGUGCUUGCCUGAGGUGGGUGGGUAUUUCAGCCGGGCUCAGUUUAAUUCAUGUGUACGCUAGUUACAGAAAUGAAUGGGAGGAGAAGGAGUUUCCUGGGCUGCAAUCCCUGCCACCUGGUAGGAGCGACCCUUCUUCCCAUCUCUGUGCUCUGGUGGUUUUAUGUAAGGCAAACCUGGGGGAGCCGGAGGGUGUUUUUGUUUCUUGUAACAAGCCCAUCUCUUGGCUUGUCAAUUGCUUUGGAGAACAGCAGCAGGACACCCCUGCUUGGGGUGUCAAAAAAACAGACGUAAACACAGCCCAGGGAAAAUAAAUACAGAGCAAACCCAGGUUCUCAGACUUUCUGCUAAGCCUCUUCAGAGCGGCAGAUUCUGGGAUCCCGUCCAGAUCUGGCGUCUGAGCCUCUGAAAGGCGGCUCUGCAGCAGCCAUCCAGGAGAAUUUGCUCUGAUUCCUUACCAAAAACAAACAAACAAAAAACCCACCAGGUGCUCCCAGAAUUUCCCCCUUCCUUGCACAUUCCCUUGUCCCUGGCCCUGGUGUGACCCAGCCAGCCAACCACCUGCAAUUCAGGAGAGCCCAAGCUGCUCAGCCCAGCUUGCGUGUAACUUUGCUGAGCCCCACGAAUGGAUGUGACCCACCCUCAGUUCUGCUCCUGCUCCCCCACCUCUGAAGUGACUCUGCCGAAAGUCUCGAAAGCCGCUGACACGCCCUGUCAGAAACCAAUAACCUGCUCCUGCCAGGCCCGUGUGAGGGGGCGGGGAGGCGAUUGACUCGUAAAACUGUGCAAUACUUGAAUUAAAGGGGGGUGGGGGAGGCAUUGCUUGUAUAGACUGAUGGGCGUGCGUGGAAAAAGAGUUUAAAGAGGGGAAAAAACAGAAAUCACGCACACCCCCCUCCCACCCCGUUCCCUGCUGUUUGUGGGUUUCCGUGGCCAUUCCAGAGACAUGACAUGAUAGGAGGUUUUUUGGCAUGCUGCCCCCUCCCCGCGCGGUUCCCUGCUUUCUCUAAGUGUACUGUAUGUUUGACCUGUGAAAGAUGUAAACAUUAUGAUUCAGGUUAUGUCUGUUCUUAACUCUGUAUCCGUGGAAUAAAGACAAUUUAAUAUCA